GUUGCCCCUUCACUGAAAAGAUCUCGCCUUUCGUUGGGGUUUCUCUCAUUUUCACACACUCACACAGUAACAAUGGCGCCGGCGAAGCAGAAGACGGCGAAGGUGAGCAGAAACCCCGAUUUGACCAGGGGAGUGGGCAAGUUCUCACGCUCCAAGAUGUACCACAAGAGAGGGCUUUGGGCUAUUAAGGCCAAAAAUGGCGGCACUUUUCCCAGCCAUGAGAAGAAGCCGGAGGAGCCUGCGCCAGCAGCCGUGAAGCCGGUGAAGUUUUACCCCGCCGAUGACGUGAAAAAGCCGCUAGCCAACAAGCGCAAGCCCAAGCCCACGAAGCUCAGGGCAAGUAUUACACCUGGGACCGUGUUGAUAAUUUUGGCUGGGAGGUUUAAGGGCAAAAGAGUUGUGUUCUUGAAGCAGCUUUCUUCUGGAUUGCUUCUUGUUACUGGGUAGACGAGUGGCUUGUGGGCUGAAACACACAGCAAUUAACUGAUCUUGGAAAAGGGGGAUUUGCUUGUUACAGUCACUUGGAGGGAAAUUGGUGAUUCAUGAGUUUCAGUUAUUGAUUGUAUUUUGAAUUUUGACAAAACAUAAGGAUUAGAGAAGAUAGUGCUAUUCCUCUACUGUGGUGAUUUUGAUGUGUAACAUUAAAAGAUAAAUUUUCAUUUUUAAAGUUUGGUUUGCUUUUGAUGGAAUUUAUUGGGAAAGUUGUUUUAUAUUGUAUUUAUCAAGUUGUCUUAGUGUUGAAA